CGCCGCUGGCCGAGCACUGCUGCGAUUCUUCGGCGCCGAGAGUGACCAUGACGUAGACCACCCCCGCCCUCUUGCGUGGCCCGUGCGCGCGACAUGACUUCUCUUCUGGUCGGCCAGGUAGUGGUGCGACGACAUGUCAGUCGCUGCUGUGCCGCCGAACAAAAAUUACUCUCGUUGUGAAUUCUCGGUCCAGUCAGACAGACAGAGAGAUCAGCCGGCGUUGCGUGCUUUUUCGCCAGUGUGAUUUGAUUUGUGCUCUCGCGCACCGGUGUCCUCCCCAACGCUCUCUCACCACGUAGGCGAACAGAUGGAGUGGAACAUUUGUCUGGUGGUCGCGAGGUGAGCCGCGCGAGUCGCUGCACAAAGUGGAGCCGCCUGUGAUAUGCGAGAUGCUCUUGAAGAGGGCUAUGCGCUACUACCGCCUUUGGAUCUACGCGUGCAACGUGGCGCUGCUGGCGAGCGUCGUGGGCUUCGCGUGCGUCGCCGGACGCACGCUCGCGGACCCGCGACGCGCGCUCAUCCCCGCCGUGCGUUUCCUCUACCAACCCACUUUCCUCUACGCCUACCUGGCGCUGAUCGCGCAGGGCGGCGCCGUCCAGGUGCUCGGCUGCAUCGGCGCCCUCAGACUGAACGAGCGCCUCCUCGAGCUCUACUGGCUCCUGCUUUUCCUCCUCCUCUGCGGCGACGUCCUCAUCGGCCUCAGCUGGAUCCUCAGGUUUGACCAGAUCUGCGCCGAAAUCAAACCGACGCUGCAGGCUCGCAUCGCAGACGAGUACUCGUCCAACGCAGACUUCACAGACGUGUGGGACACUCUGCAGCGGAGCGCCAAGUGCUGCGGCGUGGCAGGACCUCGCGACUUUCUCCCCCUGACGCCGCAGAGUCCUGGCGAGGGAGGCAACAACACCACAAUCAUCGUUCCGCACAACCUGCAGGGGUGGUGGGGGUGGAGUAACGAGGGUGACGAGAGCAUCCUGGUGCCACAGAGCUGCUGCCGACCCGUGAUGGUUCUCGAGACCACCACCUCAGGGUCGCUGGCCAACGAGACCAUCAUCCUUCAGAGCAGGCAACGCUGCGAAGUCUUCUCCCUGGGUUGCGAGCAGCACCUGGUCAGGUGGCUCAGGUCGAACUCCGACAUGUUGCUGGUCAUCGGCUACUGCGUGGUGGCCUUCGUCAAGCUCACCUUCUUGGGCAUUCUGCACUAUGAAAUCAGGGAGAUGCUGCAGAAGAUCAAACUGAUGCAGCAGGAGAGGGAGGCGUUCGCCAACUCAGGGGCAGACCUGACCCUGGCCAACCACUACCAAGCCCUGCCGACCAACCUUCCCCCCUCCCCUGUGCACAUGAACCACCUGAACCACGCCCACGUGCCGUCGCCGCAGCCGACGUCCGUGCGGCAACAGCAACAGCCGCCGCCGCCGGUCCAGCAACAGCAGUCGCAGCCCGAAAGUUUUUUCGGCUCGUCGCCUCCGACAUCGCUGCAGGCGCAGAUGCUCUGCUCGCCGUCCCAGUUCUCGCGAUUGCCAAAUCACUUGCUGCGUUGCGGCGAGCUGGACGGCAACAACUCGGACACGGGCAGCCAUUGCGCCCUCAUUUCUCUCGACUGCAAAUCGAGCAGUUUCGAUAACAAUAACAAAGACACUAGUACGUCGCGCCAGACGCAGAUCUGACUAUUGUGGCGUAGGUACGGCACCAUAGCCUUAUAGCGUGAUGACGAGCUUAACUCGCGGCAGAUUCAGUUGACUAUUUAAAAUAAUCAGAAUACGUUCAAGGCAGCACGUUUGCAACUUUACCAAGAACCACCGUAUAAAUUAGAUGAAAUUGAUAAAAAGAUGAGAGAAGGCGGAUCCUUUUUGUGUCCAAGGUGAAGGAGAGAAGUUGACAAAUCAAAAUUACUCAUAAUUAUAUAUUUCACGGCAAUAUUUAUGUUCAACUUAUUUCAAAAAAAUGUUUUGUAUAUAAAAUAAACUUCCUAAAUUGGAAAUAUAUAGUCUGCGAUUUAUAUAGGGCUGGAAUCCCAGCUAGAAAUUUGAUUUUGUUUUGCCUGAAAAUUUUAGAAGAUCUAACUUUUUACCAUGGAAACCAAUUUUUGUUAUUUAUAUUCUUCCUGUUUUUGUACGUUAAGAACCAGUUUUGGGAAAGUAUCAAAUUUUGCCAAGGUUGCAAAUUACCUUUUUUAUUUUUGUUGUAGAAAUAAUUUUUUUAUCACUUCUUCUCCACAGUCUUCUAUUUUUAAACCAUUACAUAAAACUGAUCUUUUUUUUAAAUUCUCACUUCACUCAAACAUAUUGUAUAUAAUGUGAAAAGUAACUUAAAUGAAAUUUGAUCAACAAUAAAAUCCAUUUACAGAAUUGUAAGAUAUGAAAUUUAUUAAAAACAUUUUUUGCAACCUUUUAUUAUAUCUUCUGUACAAAUCCCCACACUUCUUUUCCUACUCUCAAAUGGACUCUGCCUUUUCUCGUAUUAAAAAGGAACCCUCCACGUUUUUGACAGGUUCGCGUUUGACUGAAAAAUAAGUUAAAAUACUCGACCAAAUUUGAUAAGCUUUGUAUCUACCAUGAAAAUUUUGAGCAAGGUUGUAAAAACGAUCGAUUUUUCUUCUGGCCAAGAGAGAUGGACAAAAUAAAUGUCUCGAGUUUUGAAAAGGGUUUUCACGAAACGGCACAACAUUCUGCAUGGGGGGGAAACGUCGUAAAAUUCUAUAAUAUCAAAGAUACACCCUUUCGGAUAUUCGGUGGAUUGGCCGGCCAGCUUGGUGGGCAGGCGAGCACGGUGCUUUACUUUUCAAGGUAAUGCCGCCGCAUUUUAUGGACAAUGAAUAAUAAAAUGAUAUGCCGACACUCCUCUCGACAAAUCAAUAGCUGACGGUGUGUUGAGACGAUAAAUAAUUCAUAGCUAUACACCCACAAAAGAGAGGCGGUCCUUGGACUAUAAACACAUCUCGUUUGCGCGGCGGACCUUCCACUAUAUAGAGCACUAUACUUUUUCGAAUAGAACUCUCCUCACUCACACGACACACAUGGCUGUAUCAAAAUUACUUUUGUAAAAAGCAGUGCGGAUGAGUGGACCUUUUUUGAGUGUGUGACCUGCAGAUAACAUCAGUGCCAGAGAGUAUAAUAACCGGGCCAAAAGGACGGAUAUUACAAAAAACAGACAGCAUUUCAAAUUUUCGCUACAUACCCGCCGGCUAAAUGCUGGUACUUUUCAAAAUAGAAAGAGAGCUCCUCUGUAUUUCUACACCCAGGAACAUUUUUUGUAAAACUCGGACUCUCGCCGUUUCAUUCCAUUCCGUAGUAAUAAUAAUGUCUUGAAAUGGAAAAACUGAUUCUUUUAUCUGUGGGAGAAAUAUUAAAUUUUUAAAAUAAUAUGUAAACUUUCGGUGUAAAUAUUUAAAAUUUUUACUCAAAUGUGCAGUUCCAGUGUAUUUAAAUUUAAAACAGAAAAUUCCUGAUUCUCCUUUGCAUUCACGUUGUUAAUGGGGCAGUGGAAUAUUCGUUUGAAAGCUUAUUUGAGAGCAAUACUAUACCUCGAUGCAAUGGUAAAAUUUCAAAAAGACUGAAUGGUAAAUAAAUUUUGAGGAAAAUGUCUUGCUUUUUUAUUAAUUAUAAAAGAUUUAAAUUAUAUAAUUGAAAUUUAAUUUUCCGUUGUUAUUUAAGAAUUGAAUGACAAUAAUUAUGGCAAAUUAUGUUGCAAAAAGUAAAUCAAUUUCGCUGCCCUAGUCUGUUGUAAUUCUUGUUCUUUGAAGCAAUAUUAUUUCAGGAAUCGUGUACCAUUCAAUGUAUUACGCCACUCAUCUGUGACUCUUAGCUGCGCAUGACCAGAAACAAUAAAAUCCGUUUUUAUUGUUAGCAUAAAUAAAUAUUAUUCAAAAAAGCCAAAUCAAAAUUUCCGUUCGGGAGAGAAAUUAUAUUAAAUUUUCGUCGUUACAAUAUUAAUGUUAUAGAAACUCAAUGUUCCAGAUGUACAAAUUCGCCUGAGUAAGUGCGAGACGUGAAUAAAAAUAGUCAACAAAAAAGGUUUGGUGCGUAUUUUAAACAGGGGGGCUGAUUUUAUCAAGUAAUCAAAAUACAUGGCAUCGACGCUGACCCACUAUCUGUGCGAACCUGCGCAUGACGCGCGGUUCAGAACUUGGACGCAAACGUGUAUUUUUAAAAAGGCACUUUUAUCAAAGUCACUUUAAAAUCUCACAAUUUACCUUUUACGAGAGAGCGAGAAAUAAUUAGAGCUUUAAAAUUAAACAAAAUUUAGCAAACAAGACAAUUUACAUUAAAUAAAACGCUAAUUAUAUAUAAACAAAAAUCAAUAGGGGCGAUUUCGAGCUACAAAUGAAAUCCAAACUAUGGACGUAUUUAAAAUCAAUUUGAAAAUCACAACAAGAAAAUUUUCAAAUCUAUUAUAAGUGCAUUUGAAACAGCAUGCAAAGGAGAAAGUAUGAAAACGAGAAGAGGAGGAAGAAGAAGAGCGCGUGAUAUGUUCAGUAAUUAUGAAACUAAUCAUCCAUCACAAUUAUAUGCGAGUGCGCGUUGCAUAGGAGUGUGUGUGGGUGUGCUUAUCAGGAGGGAGAGUGACAUUUACUUUAUUCUUAUGAGAAAAUGAUAAUAAAUUCAGGAGUUAGUGGAAUUAUAA